CAGUUCCUUGUGCUACCGCUACACUCCAUGCUUCCAAUGUUUAACCAACGAGCAGUUUUUGAAAGGCCCCCUGUUGGAGUGCGCAAGAUUGUAUUAGCAACAAACAUAGCAGAGACUUCAAUAACUAUCGAUGAUAUAGUCUACGUUAUUAACGCCGGCAAUCACAAGGAAAAAAUUCAUGAUACAGGAAAGAAGGUUUCUUGUUUGAUGACGCAUUGGACAUCUCAGGCCAGUGUGGUUCAAAGACGAGGAAGGGCAGGUCGUUGUCAACCUGGUUUGUGCUUCAACCUCUUCACAAGACAACGUUUUGAACAUAUGGCUCAGUACCAGUCACCUGAAAUGCAAAGAGUUUCCCUCGAGGAGAUCGUCCUCCAAACAAAGAUCCAAUCUAUAGACGAAUCCUGCUCCGUACGGAAUUUUUUGUCUAAGGCUCUGGAUCCUCCAUCGCCAUUUGCCGUUCACCAUGCAAUAACACUGUUACAAGAGAUUGGAGCAAUGGACACAAAGGAACAAUUGACGCCGCUUGGUAGGCACAUGGCACAUUUACCCGUCGAGCCACGAAUAGCAAAAAUGAUUAUCUACGGUGCUAUUUUCAGGUGCUUGGAUCCAGUGUUGACCAUUGCAGCAUGCCUUAAUUAUAAACAUCCAUUUGUGUCGCCGCUCAACUUGCGAGAGCAGGCCGAUCAGUCUCGCAAAAGCUUUGCCGGUGACAGCAGAAGCGACCAUGUGGCGCUACUGAAUGCUUAUAAUGGAUGGUUAGAGGCAGUGAGCCGAUCUCAAGGAAAACAAUUUGCUCAGCAACGGUUUCUUCACUGGGGCACGCUCAAUAUGAUCCGCGGUACGCGAGACCAAUUCAGCCGCCUGCUUCAUGACUCGGACUUAGUUCCAAGCUCCAGCAGUGAUGACGCGGUCAACUACUUUUCUGGAAACAUGGAACUGGUUAAGGCUAUUUUAUGCGCUGGUUUGUUUCCAAAUGCUGUUAAAGUUGGUCUUGCCUUAGAAUCUAAAGGAAGGGGAGGAAAGAAGCGAGUCAGAGUUGGUUUCAGAACCAAAUCUGAUGGAAGAGUCGUAUUGCAUCCUUCCUCUGUCAAUUCUGAUGAGAAACAAUUUCUUAGCCAGUGGCUUGUGUAUCAUGACAAAGUGAAAUCCUCUCAAGUCUUUAUCCGUGACAGUAGUAUGGUCCACCCUAUAGCUUUGAUCUGUUUCUCUGGAAAGGACGUACGUGAAAUUCAUCAAGAACACGGCCCAUCAGUUCUGCAGCCCCGUGUUACACUGGCGGUGGGUGGGGACCAAUGGAUGGCGUUUUACUGCUCGCCAAGGCUUGCCCGAGUACUGCAGGCCAUUAGACUAGAGAUAAACAAGAUGGUAGCUUGUAGUGUUUCAGCUGCAGUUACAAAUAACGCGCUGUUUUACUACCACGGCAAGUUGAUGGAGACUGUGGUCUUGCUGCUCACCUUGCCAGUACAGAAACCUCUCUCGUCUUCGCCUUGGUAGCAAUGACUGCAGUGACUGCUUGAGUCAGCGUGAUACUGUUGGUAGUACUCCAAAGAACUCGAGACGUUUGAUACCCCCCACGUGUCCGUAAAUCUAGACGUUGGCUCGAAAAUAUUUAUUUUAAAAUUGCCAGACAAACACCAAUGAGCCUCGCGCAAACUGGCACAUUAAAUAUAGAGCCAGAAACAUCGCCACACAAUCGGUCUGAGGCUAUGAUUCCAUUGACCCAGUCAAUUUAUCCCAUAAGGUUUUAUUAGUAUGGAAAGUUCGCGCAGUGCUCUACAUCACGUACGUAUGGAAAUAAGAACUUUAUUCCUAAGGCCGAUGAAUUAAGAUUUAUGACGCUAUUUUACGUUUGCCAAACUUAAAAUAGCUUGACCUGACUGGCCUUUUUGGUUGUUCCCAAUGAAAACGACAGGUUAGGAAAAGAACCAAAAAUAUCAGAGUUACUUCGUAGGAUAGGAGGUUCGUCACCAGUCAAUAUUCCCUUUGCAUUUAGUUUCCCAAGCUAUCCUGGUUUUUGCUUGGUUUAUUUUUGCCUAAAUUUUUGUAAAUUUCUCUCACGCAAAUAAGGGUGCGUUUUCACAUGACGUCACCGCUUCCUUAACAAUGUACCAAGCCAAUCCUGUGGGAGUUUAAGUCUUGAUAUAUACAUAUUUCUUCUGUUCCAAUAAAUUUGUGCAACUACACAUCAGGUAAGUGAAGACCCUAUUUAUAAGUUGCAGUCGCAAAGAUCCUGGGAUAAGGAUACCCCCAUAUGAUGGUGCUUGGCGGGGUAAGGAGUGGGCCCAACUCAUUCAAGACUCCUCGGUUUCCGUUUAAUCUUAUCACAGUCGAUAUUUCUACGACUAACUGGUGCCGUUUUAGUCAAACAAAUAAAAUCAAGAGCUAUCGAGACCAGAUUUUCCUUUU